AAUAAAUAAAUAAAUAAAACAAACGCGUUCAUGUAUGCUCAGGGCUGCCGGACUGUACAGCUCUACUCGGCUGUGGAAGAUAUGGAUUUAAAUUCCAUCAAUCAUGGAAUGUCGGUGAAAUGCCACGAGCUGAUAAGUAGUGGUUCAGUUGUCAGUGCAGAGGCAGUAUGGGAUCAUAUCACCAUGGCCGACCGGGAGCUGGCAUUUAAAGCGGGGGACGUCAUCAAAGUCCUUGAUGCCUCUAACAAGGACUGGUGGUGGGGACAAAUCGACGAUCAAGAAGGAUGGUUCCCUGCCAGCUUUGUGAGGGUUGAAACCCACCUUCCUCAACCACAAACAAAACAAGUUUUCUAUAUCAACCCUAUAGCAACUCCAAGGUUCCAAAACACAACUACAAAGCUGUGGGUUAACCAAGAAGAUGGCAACGUGGAGCCAGCAGAGGGGAGCAGUGAGGUACAGAAUGGCCACCUGGACCCCAGCAGCGAUUGCCUGUGUCUAGGCCGACCGCUCCAGAACCGGGACCAGAUGAGAGCCAAUGUAAUCAAUGAAAUUAUGAGCACAGAGAGACACUACAUAAAACACCUUAAAGACAUCUGUGAGGGUUAUUUGAGGCAAUGCAAAAAGAGGAGAGACAUGUUUAAUGAUGAUCAAGUGAAAGUCAUAUUUGGGAAUAUUGAAGACAUAUACAGAUUCCAAAUGGGAUUUGUCCGGGACCUGGAGAAGCAGUACAAUACGGAAGAACCUCAUCUAAGCGAAAUUGGACCUUGCUUCCUUGAACAUCAAGAUGGCUUUUGGAUAUACUCUGAGUACUGCAACAACCACCUGGACGCCUGCAUGGAACUGUCAAAACUGAUGAAAGAUGGACGCUAUCAGCACUUCUUCGAAGCAUGCCGUCUCUUGCAGCAGAUGAUUGACAUUGCCAUCGAUGGCUUCUUGCUCACGCCAGUGCAAAAGAUAUGUAAAUACCCCCUGCAGCUUGCAGAACUGCUCAAAUACACCGCCCAGGAACACAGUGACUACCGAUAUGUAGCAGCAGCCUUGGCUGUCAUGAGGAAUGUCACUCAGCAGAUCAAUGAGCGGAAGAGAAGGCUGGAGAACAUUGAUAAGAUAGCACAAUGGCAAGCAUCAGUUCUGGACUGGGAGGGGGAUGACAUCUUAGACAGAAGUUCAGAGCUGAUUUAUACAGGGGAAAUGUCAUGGAUUUACCAGCCUUAUGGGAGAAGUCAGCAAAGAGUCUUCUUCCUUUUCGACCAUCAGUUAGUUCUCUGUAAAAAGGACUUGAUACGAAGAGACAUUUUGUAUUACAAGGGGCGCAUCGACAUGGACCGUUACGAGAUGGUUGACACAGACGACGGCAGAGAUGAGGACUUCAAUGUCAGUGUGAAGAAUGCUUUCAAGCUGCAAAGCAAGGACUCAGAUGAGAUCCAUCUCUUCCUGGCCAAGAAACUUGAGGAGAAGAUCCGAUGGCUUAGAGCAUUCCAUGAAGAACGAAAAAUGGUGCAAGAAGAUGAAAAAAUAGGGUUCGAAAUCUCUGAAUAUCAGAAACGGCAAGCAGCCAUGACAGUACGGAAAGUCACUAAACAGAAAGGUGUAAGCCAAAACCGGUCCAUGCCACCAUCAUAUCCACCUCCCCUGGAUCCAAUCAACCAAGGACAAUAUAUGGUACCAGACGGCUUGGCAGAAUCUCAAGUGUUUGAUUUUAAUGAACCAAAACGGAGCCAGUCUCCAUUCUGGCAAAAUUUCAGCAGGUUAACACCGUUUAAAAAAUAGAGAAAACUGAUAUUUUUAGAAGGACGACAUGAUUUUUUUGAA